AUGGUGGUCUCUUUUUUUGGGCUCAAAUUGCUACCUUGUGCUAGUUGUGAGCCCCAGGGAGCAUCUAGUGCACCUACACGCAUCCGUGCAAGCAAAGCACGUGACUUCUGUGAAAACAACGAUGGCUGGGGUCGAAGUCGAUUCAUGACAAAAGAGGACCUUGACAAGUCGGAGCAUCUCAAGGAUGAUUGUUUCGCCAUCCGGUGCGACUUUAUCAUCGCUGAAGCCGCUGCUACUGCCUUCAUUGAGGUGCCGCCAUCUAACUUAUGCGAACAUCUGAACCAUCUCUUUGCGACCAAGGUUGGCGCCGAUGUGAUGUUCGAGGUCAGCCAAGAGAGUUUUGCUGCUCACCGAAACAUUCUCGCGGCCCGUUCCACCGUCUUCAUGGCGGAGCUCUUCGGCCCCAUGAAGGAGGGGAUCACGGCAGGUGCCAUACAGAUACAAGACAUGGAACCCAACGUGUUCAACGCUUUACUUGGUUUCAUCUACACCGACUUGAUGCCCAAGAUGAUGAAGGUGGGAGGAGAAGCAGAAGCAGAAGAAGGUGGAACCGAUGAGGUUACUUGGCUGCGACACUUGCUUAUUGCGGCGGAUAGGUUUGAUCUCCAGCGGCUCAAGUCAAUGUGUGAAGAGAGGCUGUCGGAGCACAUAGAUUUCAGCUCGGUGACGGCCAUCCUUGGUCUGGUAGCACAGCACCAUUGCCGCGGACUUAAGGAGGCCUGCCUGGAGUUCCUCAAAGUACAAUCUGCUGCAAUCUUGGAAGGAGUCAUGGCGACCAGCGACUGGCAGCGCAUGUCUGCAACUGACCCCUCUGUUCUGAACGAGCUCAUCGCCAAGCUUGCCUUGAAAGCGUAG